CGGCAUGAAAGUGACCGUGUGCUUCGGGAGGACCCGGGUGGUCGUGCCGUGCGGGGACGGCCACAUGAAAGUUUUCAGCCUCAUCCAGCAAGCGGUGACCCGCUACCGGAAAGCCAUCGCCAAGGACCCAAACUACUGGAUACAGGUGCAUCGCUUGGAACAUGGAGAUGGAGGAAUACUAGACCUUGAUGACAUCCUCUGUGAUGUAGCAGAUGACAAAGACAGACUGGUAGCAGUGUUUGAUGAGCAAGAUCCGCAUCAUGGAGGUGAUGGCACCAGUGCCAGCUCCACAGGUACCCAGAGUCCAGAGAUAUUUGGUAGUGAGCUUGGCACCAGCAAUGUCUCAGCCUUUCAGCCUUAUCAAGCAACAAGUGAAAUUGAGGUCACACCUUCAGUCCUUCGUGCAAAUAUGCCUCUUCAUGUUCGACGAAGCAGUGACCCAGCUUUAAUUGGCCUCUCAACAUCUGUCAGUGAUAAUAAUUUUUCCUCUGAAGAGCCUUCGAGAAAAAACCCCACACGCUGGUCAACAACCGCUGGCUUCCUCAAGCAGAACACUGCUGGUAGUCCUAAAACCUGUGACAGGAAGAAAGAUGAAAACUACAGAAGCCUCCCUCGGGAUACAAGCAACUGGACUAACCAAUUUCAGAGAGACAAUGCUCGCUCAUCUCUAAGUGCCAGUCACCCAAUGGUGGACAAGUGGUUGGAGAAGCAAGAACAGGACGAAGAUGGGACAGAAGAAGACAACAGCCGUGUUGAGCCAGUUGGACAUGCAGACACUGGUUUGGAGAAUACACCCAGUUUUUGUCUGGAUGAUAUGGUAAAGCACGUACAAGUCCCCAACGAUGGAGGGCCUCUGGGAAUCCAUGUAGUGCCUUUCAGUGCGCGAGGCGGCAGAACCCUGGGGUUAUUAGUAAAACGAUUGGAGAAAGGUGGUAAAGCUGAACAGGAAAACCUUUUUCAUGAGAAUGAUUGCAUUGUCAGGAUUAAUGGUGGUGACCUUCGAAACAGAAGAUUUGAGCAAGCACAACAUAUGUUUCGCCAAGCCAUGCGUACACCCAUCAUUUGGUUCCAUGUGGUUCCUGCAGCAAAUAAAGAGCAGUAUGAACAGCUAUCUCAAAGUGAGAAGAACAAUUAUUAUUCUAGCCGCUUCAGCCCUGACAGCCAGUAUAUGGAUAACAGGAGUGUGAACAGCGCAGGGCUUCACACACUGCAGAGAGCACCCAGACCGAACCAGCUGCCUGAGCAGACAGACUCAAACCCACGACUACCUCACAGUGCACACCCCUCUGGAAAACCGCCCUCAGCUCCGGCUCCAGCUCCCACACCACAGAAUGUAUUUACUACAAAUGUAAGCAGUGGUUAUAACACCAAAAAGAUAGGCAAGAGGCUUAAUAUCCAGCUUAAGAAAGGUACAGAAGGUCUGGGAUUCAGUAUCACUUCCCGAGAUGUAACAAUAGGUGGCUCAGCUCCAAUUUAUGUGAAAAACAUCCUCCCGCGAGGGGCUGCCAUUCAAGACGGCAGACUUAAGGCAGGAGACAGACUGAUAGAGGUAAAUGGAGUAGAUUUAGCAGGCAAAUCUCAAGAGGAAGUUGUUUCCCUGUUGAGAAGCACCAAGAUGGAAGGGACAGUGAGCCUUCUGGUCUUUCGCCAGGAAGACGCCUUCCACCCAAGGGAACUGAAUGCAGAGCCAAGCCAGAUGCAGAUUCCAAAAGAAACGAAAGCAGAAGAUGAGGAUACUGUUCUCACACCUGAUGGCACCAGGGAGUUUCUGACAUUUGAAGUUCCACUUAAUGAUUCAGGAUCUGCUGGUCUUGGUGUCAGUGUCAAAGGUAACCGGUCAAAAGAGAACCAUGCAGAUUUGGGAAUCUUUGUCAAGUCCAUUAUUAAUGGAGGAGCAGCAUCUAAAGAUGGAAGGCUUCGGGUGAAUGAUCAACUAAUAGCAGUAAAUGGAGAAUCCCUGUUGGGCAGGACAAAUCAAGAUGCCAUGGAAACCCUAAGAAGGUCUAUGUCUACUGAAGGCAACAAGCGAGGAAUGAUCCAGCUUAUUGUCGCGAGGAGAAUAAACAAGUGCAAUGAGCUAAAGUCACCUGGGAGCCCCCCUGGACCUGAGCUGCCCAUUGAAACAGUGUUGGAUGAUAGAGAGCGAAGAAUUUCCCAUUCCCUCUACAGUGGGAUUGAGGGGCUUGACGAAUCGCCCACGAGAAAUGCUGCACUCAGUAGGAUAAUGGGUAAAUUCCAGCUGUCCCCCACCGUGAAUAUGCCCCAAGAUGACACUGUCAUUAUAGAAGAUGACAGGUUGCCAGUUCUUCCUCCACAUCUCUCUGACCAGUCAUCCUCCAGCUCCCAUGAUGAUGUGGGAUUUGUGACCACAGGUGCUGGUGCGUGGGCUAAGGCUGCAAUCAGUGAUUCAGCCGACUGCUCUUUGAGUCCAGAUGUUGAUCCAGUUCUUGCUUUUCAACGAGAAGGAUUUGGACGCCAGAGUAUGUCAGAAAAACGCACAAAGCAAUUUUCAGAUGCCAGUCAAUUGGAUUUCGUUAAAACGCGAAAAUCAAAAAGCAUGGAUUUAGGUAUAGCUGACGAGACUAAACUCAAUACAGUGGAUGACCAGAAAGCAGGUUCCCCCAGCAGAGAUGUGGGACCUUCCCUGGGUCUGAAGAAGUCUAGCUCGUUAGAGAGUCUGCAGACAGCAGUAGCUGAAGUGACUUUAAAUGGGGACAUUCCUUUCCAUCGCCCACGGCCGCGGAUAAUCAGAGGCAGGGGAUGUAACGAGAGCUUCAGAGCUGCCAUCGACAAGUCUUAUGAUAAACCUGUGGUGGACGACGAUGAUGAAGGCAUGGAGACCUUGGAAGAAGACACAGAAGAAAGUUCAAGAUCAGGGAGAGAGUCUGUAUCCACAGCCAGUGAUCAGCCUUCGCACUCCCUGGAGAGACAAGUGAAUGGCAACCAAGAGAAAGGUGACAAGACUGACAGGAAAAAAGAUAAAACUGGAAAAGAGAAGAAGAAAGACAGAGAUAAGGAAAAGGACAAAAUGAAAGCCAAGAAGGGAAUGCUAAAGGGCUUGGGAGACAUGUUCAGGUUUGGCAAACAUCGAAAAGAUGACAAGAUUGAGAAAACGGGUAAAAUAAAAAUACAGGAAUCCUUUACAUCAGAAGAGGAGAGAAUACGAAUGAAGCAGGAGCAGGAGAGGAUUCAAGCAAAAACACGAGAAUUUAGGGAACGACAAGCUCGAGAACGUGACUAUGCCGAAAUCCAAGAUUUUCAUCGGACAUUUGGCUGCGAUGAUGACUUGAUGUAUGGGGGAGUUUCUUCCUUUGAAGGGACCAUGGCUCUCAACACCAGACCACAGAGCCCAAGAGAAGGGCAUUUGAUGGAUACUUUGUAUGCCCAAGUAAAGAAGCCACGGAAUUCCAAAGCUUCACCUGUGGACAGCAACAGAUCAACUCCCAGCAACCAUGAUCGGAUACAGCGUCUGCGGCAAGAAUUUCAACAAGCAAAGCAGGAUGAAGAUAUUGAAGAUCGGCGACGUACCUAUAGCUUUGAACAACCCUGGCCGAACUCCAGACCUGCGGCAGCGCAGAGUGGCAGACACUCAGUGUCGGUGGAGGUGCAGCUGCAGCGACAGCGGCAGGAGGAGCGUGACAGCUUCCAGCAGGCACAGCGCCAGUACAGCUCCCUGCCCCGGCAAAGCAGGAAAAACGCCAGCUCUGUCUCCCAGGAUUCAUGGGAGCAGAACUACUCCCCUGGGGAAGGCUUCCAGAGUGCCAAGGAGAACCCCAGGUACUCCAGCUACCAGGGCUCCAGGAACGGCUACCUGGGAGGGCACGGCUUCAAUGCCAGGGUCAUGCUGGAGACCCAGGAGCUCCUUCGCCAGGAGCAGAGGCGGAAAGAGCAGCAGAUGAAAAAGCAGCCUCCCCCCGAGGGGCCCAACAACUAUGACUCGUAUAAGAAAGUCCAGGACCCCAACUACACCCCUGCCAAGGGGCCCUUCCGCCAAGACGUGCCCCCCUCCCCUUCUCAGGUCGCUAGGCUGAGCAGACUUCAGACUCCUGAGAAAGGGAGACCCUUUUAUUCCUGAGCACGAGAAGAGCCAAUGCGUCACGUCAUGCAAUAAAGGACAUUUUCCUAUGAAGACUUGUAUUGGGGGAGUUUUUUUAAAACCUCGAUGGUACUGUGGAAUAUUUCUGUUGUCGGUAUCAGUGCCUUUAAGCAGUGUGGGCAAAGAAAUGGAAGGCCUUAACGUCUUUGCCACUGUGUCUCCAGUGUCUGCUUGACGGAAGGAUUCCCCAGCAUCUGACAAUCAUCUGUUGGAGGCUGUCAUACGCUCUGCGUCUCUCUGGAGUGCCAGGAAUCUAGGCCCAACUCAUGAGAUGUCCAUGGCGCUGUUAUUACAACUUGUGGUGACAAAUGAACUUGAAGGUGAGGGUGAUGUGGAUCCCUCCCUUGCCCUCUAAGGCCUCUUAGCUAUGAGGCAACAUCUCAAUCUCUGGUGGGUGAAAGGGGUGACAUAUGCCAGACAUUGAAGUUUUACGGUACUUCAUAGCACAGUCAUUUGCAGUACUUCGUGAUCAGUACGGUGUCCCCCCAUUGCUUCCUCAGCUCCUUGUAACAGGAAAGUUCUGUCAUUCUAUGGAAGAAGCUAAGCCAUACUCCAGCACCAUUUGGUUAUCAUGGGGAUCCUUUUGUAACUGCCUUAUAACUCAUCAUUACCAAUAAAGCGAUCAUUUUAGUCUGUGUUUAUAAAUGCACUGGUUCGGUCCUGUCCCUGAUGCCUGCGUUGAGUCACCACCACAGCUCUGCGUAGGGGACACGGGAGAUGGGAGUGGCCCCUGGUGGGGAAGGGCUGGGCCAGCCCCGUGGCCCUGUGUGCUCCAGGAGGUGCGAGGUGGGGGCUAGGAAGAGACCUCUCCCAGGACCAGCUCAUGGCCCAGUACCUCCCAGGAAUUAUUUUAAUUAGCUUUCAUUUUGACAGGCUGGCAGGAAGGGCAUAGAGUAAGACAAAGAUAAACCAGUCGUUUUUGGGAUCCUAAGCACCAAUCUGCUCUGCGCAGUUUUUAAUGUCGGUUGGAAUUGAGGUUUGUCUAGUGCAUACUGUAUCUCUGCCUGGCGAUGCCAUGUUUCUAAAUAAUUCUGCCAUGAAACAUAAAAUAAGAGAAGAGCUGUCACAUAUCACGCAGAGAACAUUUUGGGGUCCCAAAGCAGUGGUAACAAAAGAUUGCUCUCAUGUCCGUAUUUUAAUGUCCACGUGGGUCACGAGGACCUCGGUUGCUCCGUUUCUGUCUGUUGGUCUGAACUCCUGUAUUGUAAACCAUGGCUGGGUUGCUAAAGUGCCUGCGAAUCCUGAUGUGAAGAAGCUUGAAAUGAAAGCUCGGCAUACUAUGUAUUAACAAAAAAGAAAAGGAAAAAAAAGACAUGUAUUGAUACGCCUAUUUUCUUUUUUUUUUUACUGGCACAUUGUAUUUUUGUGUCGACUUGUUUUUAGAAAAUAUGUGAAGUGACCACACAUGUACCUGUGUCUCUUUUGCAUUUCUGUGUAAUGGUUCUAUUUGUUAAUAAUGUGCAGUGAUGUUUAAAUGGUGUUACCAGUGUAAGUGCGGUGACCUGGGAUGACAGUGGCUCUUUCUCACAGCCUUCCCUGUGCCGUGAGAAACAGCUUUCCCUGUACAUAUGAGACUUCUAAUAAAAGGCAUAUUUCUUCCUGA